AUUUUAAUACAGCUUUAAACUUCAUCAUUGAAGUCUGCACUGCCACGAUAUCGUUGUUAGACGUGGCGUGCGGUCUUCCUUGCGCUUAUGCACGGCCCGCAUAAGCGCCAUCUGCAAGUACAACAUGCGCACCUGGAGGUCAACUCGGGCCAAAACCGGCCUUCUUCUUGACCGGUUGUUGUGGCUGGCAAUAUAUUCCCCGAAUCAACAACCCUAAUCUAUUUCCCAGCACUAUUCUCAUAGGCAUACCUCUUUCUUUAAACAAACAUGGCGGAACCGGCGAAUACCCCAAUCCCCGCGUCUACUCCCCGCUCAACAUCCCCCGCUCCUCACUUCAGCGGGCUCUCGACACCGCUCUCACCAACGAAGCUAUCUGCUCUGCAUAUUUCCUCAAAGCCUCAUAUUCUACAUAUCCAUAUUGGAGACUCCUUGUCACAACAAGACGAGUGCCCGAGCUAUGCCGCGCUAGGCGCGCUCUGUGAUGUCCAUGCUGUGGCGGUGACAGACAAGGCGGCGCUGCUGAGAGACUUAGAUGCCAAAAGAUGGGGUGACGAUAUUGAUGCGGUCAUGAUUGAAGGAGAUCUAGACUGGGAUUCAGAAGUGAUAAGCCUGCUGCCUAGGACAGUCAAGGCUGUUGCUGGGCGUGGAGAUGGCGGGUCUCAAUUGUCGUGGGAGCGUCGGGAUAUCGCAUAUGUCAGAUUGGAUGGGAAUACGGGAGUGUCUGGCGCAUAUGACCCGUCUAGAGGCAUUAAGAAGUUGGUCUCAGUGCUAGAUGCUACGAGAAUGGGCACGAGAUAGAAGCAAAUAUAUCAACAUAAUCACUAAUUAUUUAAGAGUCCACAUCUGAGUUUGAACAAAUUAUUGGUGUAAAUAUACAUGUCAUAU